GAGAGAGAGAGAGAGAGAGAGAGAGAGAGAGAGAGCAAGGCAGAGAGAGAGAAAGAAGCCACAGCACCAAUCGCCGCUGCAGAGGCUCCAGGCCUGGACUUCCAACCUCACUAAUGUUUAACCUCGUUCAUCGCAAAAUGUCCAAAUGCGGCGGCUCUUAAGGUACAGUAGCACGCUCUUGGCAAGAACACUGAUGGUGACGCGAGUGAGUGGAAUACAAAGGCGGGAUGGACACAUGUGUCUAUGCAGACUAUGCAGCAGGGGGCUGGGCUUUUCGAGCAAAUUGUUACUUCUUUGGUACAAUGUCGCUUGAUGAUUGGUAAUCUCGCCACACUGCUUGCCAGUGAAGAGAGCCCAGUUCAGGUGAACUUCCUCUUUAAACAGCUCAUUCAUAGAGAGAGCCCUUUGGCUACAGCUGUCUGAUAGAUGAGCCGGGGAUCCACAGGUGCACCGGCUACUUCCCGUCACUGAUUACCAGACGGGAUCUGGUUCUGGCGACUGCUGUGAUAGCAUGCCCCAGCUGGAGGAUGCCAAAUGCAGCUUUCUAUUUUGCCUUGGAAUUUGCAUUCUUAUCUGUUCAAUCAUCUACCUGAAAACCACCGUUUUUGACACGCCACAAGCCAAGAGUCGCAUGCUCACAUGCAGGCCUUUCCCUCAGCACUGUUCAGCCCUGGGCCACAGUAGGAAUGGGACGAGGUGGCAGAGUGCCGAGUGCCACCUGGAGGGUUACUUCAUGGCCCCGGUGCUGAACUGUACCCAGAUGUGGUCCGACUUUCAUUUCAUCACCAGGUCUUUGAGCAAAGAGGAAGAGGAGUACCCGUUGGCCUUCGUCGUCACAAUCCACAAAGAGCUCGAGACGUUUGUGAGGCUCUUGAGGGCCAUCUAUGCGCCGCAUAACGUCUACUGCAUCCACGUGGACAGGAAGGCGCCCGAGGACUACAAGAAAAGCGUCCAGCUCCUGGCCGGGUGUUUUGACAAUGUCUUCUUGGCCACGGUGAGCGAGAGGGUGACUUACGCCGGUUUCUCCCGGCUGCAGGCCGAUAUCAACUGCAUGAGCGACCUGGUCAAGUCCUCUGUCCGCUGGCGGAAAGUCGUCAACCUUUGUGGGCAGGACUUUCCCAUUCAGAGCAACCUGGAGCUGGUGCGAUACAUGCAGAGCAAAGAGUGGCGCGAUCGGAACAUGACGCCUGGGAUCAAGCAGCCAAAGGAUAAGCGCUAUCGCACCGAGUUUCAGUACGUGGAGGUGGACGACGCCUACGUAGCACAGCACAAGAGGGGUCACAGGAAGAGCCCCCCGCCACACAACCUCCAAAUGUACUUUGGCACGGCCUACUACUCCCUGACCCGUGCAUUCGUACAGUUUGUUCUGGAGAGUCCGGUAGCAAAAGACUUUUUGGAGUGGUCUAAGGAUACGUUCAGCCCAGAUGAGCACUACUGGGUAACACUGAAUCACAUUAAAGAUGCACCAGGAAGUCAUCUAGAUGGAGGCUGGGAAGGGGAUAUUCGUGCCAUAAAGUGGAAAGAUCAAGAAGGAACUGCACACAAUGGCUGUAAAGGUCACUAUAUCAGGGAUAUUUGCAUCUACGGCAUAGAGGAUAUCCCUUGGAUCAUCAACAAGCAAAGUAUGUUUGCCAACAAAUUUGGAAUUGAAACCUUUCCAGAGGCUCUCCACUGUUUAGAGCAGUGGCACCGACUCAAAGUCCUGCGGCAAGCUGCAGUGCCCAUACAGCCAUCUUGGCAUCUAGCUCAUGAAGUUGACAGCAACCAAUGCUGUAACAACACAGCAGGGCUUGAAAGCAAUCUGCUAUACCUAAGUUAGCUAAUGGAAAGUAUAUCGGAGAUAAAGUGCGCUAAGGAAUACUGAAGGAAAUGAAUAUGUUUACAAUGUGAGUCACAGAAAAUCAGAUAGCCUUGAGGUACGCAAAUAUGGCAGUACUGAGGUACGCAAACAUUGCACUCCUGAGAACUUCGUAAUAGGCACAGCCACGGGCCUAGAGUCGGUUAAACUGACAGUCUUUAGAGAGAUGGCUGUUGAAUAAUUAGGUCUAGGCUCUCUUAAGAGAGCAGUGGUGUAAUGCCUCUAUGAACAUGAUGCAAUCAACAUCUCAGGUACAUUACAACCGAAUAACAGAAGCCUGUCCUCCACAUUCACUCAUGUAAAGAUGAACAGCAGUGAAUAACAAGCCAUCCAGAGAGUACAUUUUGGUUUAUUAAAUACUUAAUGUUAUAUUUGGCAAAUGACAUUUAAGUAAAAAAAAAAAACAACACCUCACUCCAGUCCCUUACACUUUCCAAAUAGGCCUUGACAUUAAUGAAAGUAGACAUGUUUUGUGUUUUCUGAAUGUAAGUUGAGCUGAAAUGUAAACUGUAUAACAAAAUAUAUAUAUAACUUAAAAUUCUGUGUAACUUAUUCUAACCUGUAUAAACAUGAAAAUGGAACGAAAUGGCUCUUGAAGCAAAGUGUGCCAACUAAAUGUAUUCAGGUCAGUCAAUCCAAAGAAAUUAUAUGAAUUAUUAUUGUUAUUUUUCAGGAUUAAAAAUGGAAACACUCUAGG